AGCGGAAGCGGGUAAACUGCAGUCGAAGGUGAGAGGUCAGAGGGUGGAGGUCUGCCCCUCGCCUUGCCUAGCUAUGGGGCGACACUCCCGCACGCUGCUCAUCUUCGGCGGGUUCGUUGCCGUAGUGGGGGCGGCGUUUUACCCCAUCUACUUCCGGCCGCUGCGGCAGGUGGACCAAUAUAGGAAGGAACAGGCAAUAAAUCGAUCUGGUAUUGUUCAAGAGGAUGUUCAGCCUCCAGGGUUAAAAGUGUGGUCUGAUCCAUUUGGAAGGAAAUAACAUUGUGUACAUCACAAGUUGUGCUUGAAGAUGCAUAUGUUCGAAACAACUGUUUUGAUUCAUAUACUAAUGAGUGUAUUGUUUAGGUGUUGCUGGAGAUGGAUUCUCAGUCUCAAUAUGGUCCUUGGGUAGGAACUUCAGUGAAUGUUGCUGAUUCUGAAGAUUAAUACUAAAUUUUUCUUUAGAGUUCAGUACGUAGUGGAACAAAAUGGACUGACUGUGAGAUGACUGAAUGAUCUUUGAGUUUAGCGCUAAACACUUCUUCAUAUGUUAGAGGGAAGAGAGGAGUACUUUAUUACUAGACUUAAUGUGUAGCCACUUAUAAGUAUUAGCAGAAUACAUUAUGCAGAUCAUUGUACCUUACUGCACCGUUUGUCUACUUCUUUUUGAAUUUAUACAUACAGGUUGAACCUCUAAAAUCUGGAAUUUUCUGGUCCGGCACUUCUGUGGUCCGGCAGGAUAUUGCUAGACCAGAGAGCCCCAGCUGUCCAGGUUUAGGGCCUGAGCUGGUAGUGAGGAAUUCAGCCCCAGCAACAAGGGGUCUGGUGUGAAGGGGAGCACAACUGGGGGUGGUGGCGGGGAAGUGGCCCAAUUACCAGGGCCGGCACCUGAGAGUUCAGUCCCAACUGGUGAGGACCAGCAGUAAAAUCCUGGCUGAGGCCAGCUGGGUCGGGAGGGCAGCUCUGGCUGGGUUGGGGUAGCGGGACUGGCAGGGAGCAGGGCCGAAAGCCGGGAGGAGACACUUGACCUCGCUGGUCUUGCAAGCUCUGUGGUUUGGAACUGUUCAGGUUCCAAGAGUGCUGGACCUGGGAGGUCCCACCUGUACAGAUGAAAUGAAAGACAUAAUAUAUGCAGGAGGGAUGAACGAUGCAGAAAGAAUGUAAUGUGAUAUAAUUGUAAAUCUGUAAACAAUAUUAAAAUCAUGUUUUUAUUUAAA